CCGUCAAACAUCGUCUACGUCUCUCAACGUGCGUCAUAUGCGUUUCAUUGGACACUUGUCCGAUCGUCUUAAUAAAUCUCAAUUGUUGAGAUCGCGUGUUGACAGGUUUUCAAGCAUCGCAGUUAAACGGAUUCUAUUUUGUCUCUGUUCGAUCGUGUACCUUAUUGAUACCUUAACAGCGUCUAUUUACGCACAUUCACGGUUGUGUUGAGCAUUCAUGGCAAAUAUCGCUGGAAUAUCGUAGUCGUUAACCGCCAAAUCGUGUAAUCGAAACACUUUCGCGCAAUGAUUUUUUUUAAGUAAUGUACAUUCAUACGUCAUUACAAGGGGAGUACUUUUCCCAUUCACGUUCAAUGAUUCACGAAAAAAGUUAUGCGUCCGUAACGCUCUCUGACCGUCGUUCUGCGUUUAUAUAAUUUUAUUGUGUACCUUUACUAAACGAAGCUGUUGCAUCCUAAUACGAUAUUUACCCAACAAUGAGAAAAUAAUCUUACAACGGAAUAAUUCGACUUGUAAUUAUUAUUUUAUUAAGUUCACAAUGGCAUCUCGUAAGAAACUGUUGCUGAAGGUUGUUAUUCUGGGAGAUUCAGGAGUUGGUAAAACUUCCCUGAUGAAUCAAUACGUAAACAAAAAAUUUAGCAAUCAGUAUAAAGCUACAAUUGGAGCAGAUUUUCUUACCAAAGAAGUUAUGGUAGAUGAUAGGAUAGUGACAAUGCAGAUUUGGGAUACAGCAGGCCAAGAAAGAUUUCAGUCUCUUGGUGUGGCAUUUUACAGAGGUGCGGAUUGCUGUGUACUUGUGUUCGACGUCUCUGCCCCAACCAGCUUCAAAUCUCUAGACUCGUGGAGAGAUGAAUUUUUAAUUCAGGCUUCCCCUCGGGAUCCAGACAACUUCCCGUUCGUUGUACUUGGGAAUAAAGUUGAUUUGGAAUCCAGAGCGGUUUCUAGUAAGAGAGCACAACAAUGGUGUCAAUCUAAGAAUAAUAUUCCAUACUUUGAAACUAGUGCUAAAGAGGCCAUUAAUGUUGAACAAGCCUUUCAAACGAUAGCAAAGAAUGCUUUAGCUCAGGAAGGUGAAGUGGAAUUGUAUAACGAAUUCCCUGACCAAAUUAAGUUGACCAAUGACCAAAGAAACAAUGGCAAAGGUGAUUCUUGUGCCUGCUAGGUUUUGGAGCAAUGUAAACUUUGGACAAGCACCUAGAUGUACAGGUCAGAUCGUACAUACGCGUACCUGCACAUUUUGAAAAUACUACAGCGAGUUUGAUAUGUUCUGGAAGUCACGGGUAUGCUCCUUGGUUUUCUUUUAGAUUUCAUUUAAAAUAAUUGAAUAUAUGAAUACUAUUUGGAUGUUCUUAACGAAUUAUACGAACAUAUUUCGAAUCUAAGAAUUAUUUAAAUAAUCUAAAACUGAUACCAUGGAGCAUUCGUUUGACUUCCUCACAUAGGAGACUGUGUUAUAUUUCAUAUUGUGUGUUUGUGCUAUACUUGACUUUCCAAAUUAAUGGUUGGCUAGUUGAGCAUUCAACACAUUAUUUCUGAAUAUUGUAAUGCUCUCUUAUUGGGUAUGGCGAACAGUAUGUGAACUGCCCUUUUUAAUUGCAUCUUUACAACUCACUGUUGAUGUCCUUCGUUGUGGAGUGAUACUAUGAUGUUUUCAUACCACUGUAGACAUACCUUUUAUGUUGAAAGAAAAAUUUACUUGGUCGGAAACACAUAGCGUAACAAUUAGAUCAUCGCAAAAGUUUGCUCAUGAUUUAUUAAGUACAAUCGCAUUUACGGAGGAGCUCUAGAAAGUAAUUAAGAUUUGUGGGUAGAUACAUUACACCAUCUUUCUGAUGUUGCUUUUCGUCAAUUGGAAAUGAAAAUCGUUUACGUUAAUGGAUUAUUAUAUAUAAUUAAAUUUCUAAAACUUACGUUGCAGUUGUUCAACUCCUUCUGAACUUAUUUCACAACGCAAACCUUGUUGAUCGUAGUAUCGCCCGAGAUAUACUAAUGAAUUUUAAAAAAAAAAAACUUGUACAGUGAUCGCAUUUGUUUGAAAAACAAUAGAUUUGUUUAACAACAUAACAACAUUACAAUAUUUGUCGUGAAGUGUCACGGCUGGUUUUAUCUCAAAAGGCUAGUGCGUUUUCGAGGAGAAAAUCCCCUUUUUAAAAACAACUCAGUAGUUGGAUAAUUUGUAAUUUGGUGUUUCCAAUACGCCCACGACAUUUGUAUAUUAGUAUUUUCAUAUAUUCUUAAAUUCUACUCAGAGGUGAGAGUCUCGAGCCGCGAUGCACGAGUUUCCAAACGUUUUGAUUCCGUGUAGUUUAUCUUGGUGUGAUUUAAAGUUGCUAAAAAAAAACGUUUUUUUUAUUAAACAUAUCAAGCAAUAUCUGUGAAAGCUAUUUGGUGAUUCUCUUCUAAAAACUACACGUUUUUGUCUACUUACACUUAGUAUUAUAGUAUAAGUCAUAUAAACACAAUUGUUAAGUUAAUUUGAAGAACAAAAAGUUUUCAGUAUCACUUUUUAAUAGUUUCAUUCGCCUCGAAAAUAAAACAUUUUGCGAUGAAAAAUGUUUAAUUGUAUCACGAGUAAUACGCCCCACCGAAUCAAUGAAUUUAGAAAUGAGAAUGACGAAGUUGUUAAAAACAAUACUAUCAAUUUGUCGUGGAAAUUAUGCGUCGCGGUGCUGAUGAUCACUUCCAUAUUCAAAAUUAUAAUUUUAGAUCAAUCUCAAUUCUGAAAAUAGAGCAACAGAUUGCGUGAGCCGGAACGAUACAUACCUAUAAGAUUUCUUAUGAAAAAAAAAAAGUUCAUUGCGUGUAAUAUACGCGUAUACUUACGAUCGUGCAGAGUUUUUGAAAGCUGUAAUUUGCGUUGAUCAUACGUGUACGCGUGUGUGCGUAAUAUAUAUGUAUAUAAAUGAUGAUGAUCAUGACGAUUAUAACUAUAAUUAUUAAUAUAAUUUUAUCGAAAUAUGUUAACGAUAGAUAUUAUAAAUAUUAUCAUUAUUGCUGCUGCUGCUGCUGCUAUAAAACUACUAUUGCUACUCUUAGUUUUAAGUGAAGUAAAAGAAAAAAAAGUCAAGAAAUACAUUUAUUGCAGAAAAAGUACGAUUUGGUCGAGUUAAUUCGCUGAUGCGGUUCACGUCACGGAUAAUAAUCACGUGACCUGAAACAAACAAAAAAUAUAAGACUAUCCCUAUUGUGGUUCGAUGUCUAUAUUGUUAUCGAAAUGAGUGUCUGUUAAGUUAGGUAGCAAAUCUAGCAAACCUUGUAUGAAGUAGCGUGUAAGACUAAAAUAUAACUGAAUAGCACCAAUUUAGCAAAUGUGACAGAUAGUAUAGAAAAUAGUUUUUUUCCAAUUAUAAAGGUAAUCUCGUAAUACAGUAUGGUUUUAUCUAUGAGUUUUCAAUAUGUUGUUAUGUUCUAAUCAAUAUGUAAAUUGAAUACUUACCCUUGUACGAAUGUAAGAAAAUAUUCGUUUUUACACAAAGCAGUUUUAUCGCUUU